UGAUCCAGCCUUUGAGCUUGAUAUUGCCUGGUUCACCAGAUCACAGCUUGUGGUGUCACAUCCAAUCACGCAUCUUGCCAAGCAGGUCGCACAAGUAGCAGCUGUGAUACAAGUUUAGUCGGAUGGUUCAGCUGCGCAACCAGCGCAUCGCAUCGCAUUGACAUUGCCAUAUAUCGCGCCCAACCACCGCUGGGCAUCGCAUUCGCCCUCCGCUCUCCGAAAACCCCACUCCCGAUAUCUACACCAAGACACAACCACAUCACCACCGCCACUAUGAUCUUCCGCCGCACCCUCUAUACCUUCUGGCGCCUCUCCGAAAUCAUCACCCUCAUCCCCGUCAUCGGCAUGCUCGCCUGGUUCGUGCACGGCUACGUCGAGAGCAACCAGUUGACCCCGAACUUCAUCCUGAUCCUGUUCAUCGUCUCCGUGCUGGCCGGCGCCUGGGCCCUCGUCACUCUCUUCCACGUCGGACACAGCGGUCACUUCAUCGGGUUGGUCGACCUGGGCUUCGUGGGCGCCUUCAUUGCAGCCGUCUACGAGAUGCGCGCCAUAACUGAGGUGAGCUGCUCGAACUUCGAGGCCGGGAAGAUCUACAUCAAUCUUGGGCCGUUCGGGUACUAUGGGCGAGAAGGCGGAAACGAGUGGUCGGUGAACCUCAAUAAGAACUGCGCGAUGUUGAAGGCCAGCUUUGCGUUUGGGAUCAUGAAUACCCUGUUCUUCUUCUUCACAGCGUUCCUGGCAUGGUGGAUGCACCGCUCUAAUGAUAAGGAGGUCGUGCGCCACUCCCAUCGUGGUUCGUACUCUGGCAGCCCGCGUCGUUCGCAUCAUUCGCGUCAUAGCCACCGCAGCUCGAGGCGCUAUUACGUUUAGAAGGCGUUUCCCAAACAUCAUAUCUGCUUUACGAGGAUUUCCGGACGAUAAUGCUCGAUUCACGGUUCAACGAGAGACGCCGAAUCCAGGCUCGGUUUUGUAUCUGUUCAUACAGUCUCUUCCAUUUCCUGUUGGUUAUUUGACGAGGGGGACGGACAUGACGAUCUCAAUUCGUAGAUUCCCUUGAUCGAUUUCCCAUUGUGGCGGUUCCAACAAAGGAGCCCUGCAUCUAAUGAGUCACGAUGAUGAUUUCCUACGCUUUCCAAACUAUUUCGAGUUCGUAUUGUGUACCGGUAGUGUAGAUAUCCAAUUCAUGGCUGGCCAACCGGACUUUUAUCUAAACAAUGCUAGGCAUGAGCAAAUGCUGUAGACCCCACUAUUCUAU